AGAUGGGAAAUUCCUACGCCGGGCAGCUGAAGACGACUCGGUUCGAGGAGGUUCUGCACAACUCCAUCGAGGCCUCCCUGCGCUCCAAUAACCCGGUGCCCCGGCCCAUCUUCUCCCAGCUCUACCUGGAGGCCGAGCAGAAGCUGAGCUCCCUGGAAGGUGGCGGCCGAGUGGAUAAUGAAGAGGAAGAGGAAGAGGGGGAAGGAGGGCUGGAGACCAGCAGCCCCCCAAACCCCUACCAGCUGCCCCCCCUGCCUGAAGGGUGCUGCACCACAGACGGGUUCUGCCAAGCGGGGAAGGACCUGCGCCUGGUCUCCAUUUCCAGCGAGCCCAUCGAGGUCCCCCCAGGCUUCCUCCUCGUGGGGGCCAAGGCCCCCAGCCUGCCCGACCAUCUUCUGGUGUGUGCGGUUGACAAGAGGUUCCUGCCGGAUGACCACGGCCACAACGCCCUGCUCGGUUUUUCUGGGAACUGUGUUGGCUGUGGAAAGAAAGGCUUCUGCUACUUCACCGAAUUCUCCAACCACAUCAACCUGAAACUGACCACCCAGCCCAAGAAGCAGAAGCACCUCAAGUACUACCUGGUCCGCAAUGCCCAAGGGGCUCUCACCAAAGGCCCUCUGAUUUGCUGGAAGGGCUCAGAGUUCAGAAGCCGGCAGAACUCAGCCAGCACCUGUUCCAGCUCCCCCUUCCCGCCGCUGGAGGGCGCGGGGCCCGCGGCUGCCUCGCCCGGCGAGCCGGUGCCGGGGGUGACCUCCGGCCUCCCCGUGGGAGCGGCAGGACCAGCCUGUGACCAAGCCUUGCUGACCGCGGCCCCCGCCCCGGCUGUCUUCAACGGCAAAGGCUCCCCCAAGCACCAGCAGCAGGCGAAGAGCAGCCUGUUGGCCCUGCCUCGGCCCUCAGCCUUAGGUAUCUUGUCGAACUCUGGGCCACCCAAGAAGCGCCACAAAGGGUGGUCUCCAGAGUCGCCAUCGGCUCCAGACGGUGCGUGCCCUCCAGCCGGCGGGCACAGAGCUAAGUCUGAAAGUGCCGGCCUGUCCUGCGUGGCCCAGGCCGGCUUGGUGGGACCCGCUUCCGUGACCUUCCCGGUGGUGGCCUCUGGAGAGCCCGUGUCUGUCCCAGACAACUUGCUGAAAAUAUGCAAGGCCAAGCCGGUGAUCUUUAAAGGCCAUGGGACCUUCCCGUACCUCUGCGGGAACCUCAACGACGUGGUGGUGAGCCCGCUGCUGCACGCCUGCUACCAGAACUCGCAGUCCGUCUCCCGGGCCUACGAGCAGUACGGCGCCUCCGUCCAGCCCAUCUCCGAGGAGAUGCAGCUGCUGCUCACCGUCUACUACCUCGUCCAGCUGGCGGCGGACCAGGUGCCACUGAUGGAGGACCUGGAGCAGAUCUUCCUGCGCUCCUGGCGGGAGUCGCACCUGACGGAGAUCCGCCAGUAUCAGCCGCAGGCGGCACCGCCGCCGCCGCCCUACGCGCUGGGCCCCGGCGCCGUGGCCCCGGUCACCUCGGCGCAGCUGCCCUGGCUGGCCGGCCUGGCCGCCAGCUCCUGCAACGACAGCGUGCACGUCAUCGAGUGCGCGUCCUCGUUGGCCGAGGGCCUGGCCGAGAUGUUCCGGCUGCUCGUCGAGGGCAAGCUCGCCAAGACCAACUACGUGGUCAUCAUCUGCGCCUGCCGCAACGCCGCCAUCGACUCCUGCAUCGCCGUCACCGGCAAAUACCAAGCCCGGAUCCUCUCCGAGAGCCUGCUCAGCCCCGCGGAGUACCAGAGGGAGGUCCACUAUGAACUGGUCACCGGUCAAGUGGACUCCCUGGGGGCCUUUUUCAGCACCUUCUGUCCGGAGGGUGACAUUGACAUUUUGCUGGACCAAUUCCAUCAGGAAAAGCAAGGCCGUGUUUCCUCCCCGCCCACCGUCUCCUCGGUGGCUAAAGCGGCAGCCUUGGACGUCAGCGGGGGCCCCGCGUGUGCGAGUUACCAUCUGGAGCCGCGGGGCGUCGGGCCCUUCCAGCUGGCCGUGGCCCAGAAGCUUCUGUCUCACGUGUGCUCCAUCGCGGACUCCAGCACCCAGAAUCUGGAUCUGGGAUCCUUCGAGAAGGUGGACUUCCUCAUCUGCAUCCCGCCGUCGGAAGUGACGUACCAGCAGACCGUCUGCCACGUCUGGCGCUCAGGGGUUUUGCUGGAGCUCGGCCUGGACAAGGAGCCCACGACGAAGCAGAGAGUGGAACAGCACGUUCUGAAGUUGGAUGCCGAGGCCCAGACGAAAUUUAAGGCCUUUGUGCAAAACUCCUUCCAGAACCCCCACACGCUCUUUGUCCUGAUCCACGACCAUGCCCACUGGGAUCUCGUGAGUAGCGCUGUUCAUAAUCUCUAUUCUCCAAGCGACCCGACCGUGGGCCUGGUGGACAGAUUGCUCAACUGCAGGGAGGUGAAGGAGGCCCCCAACAUCGUGACCCUCCACGUGACCUCCUUCCCAUACGCCCUGCAGACGCAGCACACGCUCAUCAGCCCCUACAACGAGAUCCACUGGCCCGUCGCCUACAGCAACGGUGUGGACUUGUAUCAGGAGAAUAAGAAGUACUUCGGGCUGUCCGAGUUUAUCGAGUCCACCCUGUCAGGACACAGCCUCCCCCUGCUCAGAUACGACAGCUCCUUCGAGGCCAUGGUGACCGCCCUGGGGAAAAGGUUCCCUCGCCUGCACAGCGCGGUGAUCAGGACCUUUGUUCUCGUGCAGCACUACGCGGCUGCGCUGAUGGCGGCGAGCGGCCUGCCGCAGAUGAAGAACCACACGUCGGUGGAGACGCUGGAGAUCACGCAGAACCUCCUCGACGCCCCGAAGCGGUGCCCCUGCGGCCACGGGCUCAUGGUGCUGCUGCGGGUGCCCUGCUCGCCGCUGGCCGCCGUGGCCUACGAGCGGCUGGCCCACGUGCGGGCGCGCCUGGCCCUGGAGGAGCACUUCGAGAUCAUCCUGGGCAGCCCCAGCUCCGGCAUCAGCGUGGCCAAGCACUUCGUGAAGCGGCUCAAGAUGUGGCAGAAGAUCGAGGAUGCCGAGUGGAGGCCUCAGACCUACCUGGAGCUGGAAGGCCUGCCCUGUAUUCUCAUCUUCAGUGGCAUGGAUCCCCACGGGGAGUCCCUGCCCAGGUCCCUGCGAUACUGUGACCUGCGUCUCAUCAACUCGUCCUGCCUGGUGAGGACGGCCUUGGAGCAGGAGCUGGGCCUGGCCGCCUACUUCGUGAGCAGCGAGAGGCCGCUGGAGAAGGGGGCCAGGACCGAGGCCCUGGAGAGCGACGGGGAGAAGCUGAGCAGCACCGACAACGAGGACGAGGAGCCGGGAGCAGAAGGCUCCCCCUCGGAGAAGAGGAGCCCCGCACGGAGGGAGCGGUCCCGGUCCCACGACUCAGCAUCCUCCUCCCUCUCCUCCAGAGCCUCAGGCUCCGUGCUCGGUGGUGGUGAGUCCCUGGGGCCGCCCCCGGGGGAGCAGGCCUCGCCCCCCGCCCCAUGUGGCUCCGUGGAGGACAGCAGGAUGCUUGGCGAGAGGCAGGGGCUCCGAGCGAGUCAGGGAGCCCCCUCGGCGGUGAGCGGGCCGGCCCCCCCUCCCGGCCAGCGCCCGCAAGUGGCCGCCGCCCCGCCCUCCGGCUCCUCUCCCGCGGGCCCGCCGCCCACGGCCGGGCCCCUCCUGCCCCAGGCCCCGCCCUGCGCCAUGAGCAAGGCCAGCCGCCAGCCCCCCGUGGUCUUCCUGCCCAAGCUGGUGUACGACAUGGUCCUGGCCACCGACAGCAGCGGGCUGCCCAAGGCCGCCUCCCUCCUGCCCGCCCCGUCCGUCAUGUGGACCAGCUCCUUCCGGCCCCUGCUGAGCAAGACCAUGACCUCCACCGAGCAGUCCCUCUACUACCGCCAGUGGACCGUGCCCAGGCCCAGCCACAUGGACUACGGCAACCGGGCCGAGGGCCGCCCCGACGGCUUCCACCCCCGCAGGCUGCUGCUCAGCGGGCCCCCGCAGAUCGGGAAGACGGGCGCCUACCUGCAGUUUCUCAGCAUCUUGUCCCGGAUGCUCAUCCGUCUGACGGAAGUGGAUGUUUACGAUGAAGAAGAGAUCAACAUCGGCCUCCGAGAAGAAGCAGAUUGGCACUACCUCCAGCUCACAGACCCUUGGCCGGACCUGGAGCUGUUCCAGAAGAUGCCUUUCGACUAUGUCAUUCAUGACCCCAAGUACGAGGAUGCCAGUCUGAUUUGUUCGCACCAUCAGGGCGUAAAGAGCGAAGACAGAGGGAUGCCCCGGAAGCCCGAGGACCUGUACGUGCGCCGCCAGACGGCGCGGAUGAGGCUGUCCAAGUACGCGGCCUACAACACCUACCACCACUGCGAGCAGUGCCACCAGUACAGGGGCUUCCACCCCCGCUACCAGCUCUAUGAGUCCACCCUGCACGCCUUUGCCUUCUCUUACUCCAUGCUAGGAGAGGAAAUCCAGCUCCAUUUCAUCAUCCCCAAGUCCAAGGAGCACCAUUUUGUCUUCAGCCAACCCGGAGGCCAGCUGGAGAGCAUGCGCCUGCCCCUCGUCACUGACAAGAGUCAUGAGUACAUAAAAAGUCCAACGUUCACUCCAACCACGGGCCGCCACGAGCACGGGCUCUUCAACCUGUACCACGCGAUGGACGGGGCCAGCCAUUUGCACGUGCUCGUGGUCAAGGAGUAUGAAAUGGCCAUUUAUAAGAAGUACUGGCCCAACCACAUCAUGCUGGUGCUCCCGAGCAUCUUCAACAGUGCUGGAGUCGGGGCUGCCCAUUUCCUGAUCAAGGAGCUGUCCUACCAUAACCUGGAGCUGGAGCGGAACCGGCAGGAGGAGCUGGGAAUCCGGCCUCAGGACAUCUGGCCGUUCAUCGUGAUCGCAGACGACUCCUGCGUCAUGUGGAGCGUGGACGUGGACUGCGGGGAGCGGGGCAGGGACUUCUCGUGGUCGGAGAGGAGCGUCUCUCUCAAGUACAUCCUGCAGCACAUCGAGGCGUCCCCCAACAUCACGCACUACGCCCUGAUCGGCCUGCGGAAGUGGGCCAGCAAGACGCGGCAGAGCGAGGUGCGGGAGCCCUUCUCCCGCUGCCACGUGCACGACUUCAUCAUCCUGAACGUGGACCUGACGCAGAACGUGCAGUACAACCAGAACCGGUUCACGUGUGACGACGUCGACUUCAACCUGAGGGUGCACAGCGCCGGCCUCCUGCUCUGCCGCUUCAACCGCUUCAGCGUGAUGAAGAAGCAGAUCGCCGUGGGCGGCCACAGGUCCUUCCACGUCACUUCCAAGGUGUCCGACAGCUCCGUGGCCGUGGUCCCCGCGCAGUACAUCUGCGCCCCGGACAGCAAGCACACGCUCCUGGCGGCCCCGGCCCAGCUCCUGCUGGAGAAAUUCCUCCAGUACCACAGCCCCCGCUUCUUCCCGCUGUCCCUGAGGAACCACAGCCACCCCGUGCUGUCCGUGGACUGUUACCUCAACCUGGGAUCGCAGAUUUCCGUGUGCUACGUGAGCUCCAGGCCCCACUCCCUCAACACCAGCUGCUCCGAGCUGAAGUUCAGCGGGCUCCUGCUCUACCUCUGCGACUCUUUCGUGGGAGCUAGCUUCCUAAAGAAGUUCCAUUUCCUUAAAGGUGCCACCCUGUGCGUGAUCUGCCAGGACCGCAACUCGCUGCGUCAGACGGUCGUGCGCCUGGAGCUAGAAGACGAGUGGCAGUUCCGGCUGCGGGACGAGUUCCAGACGGCCAACGCCAAGGAGGACCGGCCGCUCUUCUUCCUCACGGGACGGCACAUCUGA